UCCGUGGCACCGAAAGACUUCGCCACGUGUCCCUGCAUGUACGGACAAACCAAUGUGCGAUAAUGCUAAUCUAAAACAAUUGACGUGUGAGCUCCUGGUCGAACAUGAUAUCUGACUCUUCCCCAGAAGCCACCACGUGGCAUUGCUCCACCCAACACAUGUCCUUCUCCAUGCAUGGACGUCCUUACCACCUCCUCAGGCACCGCCAUGGCUUCAUGUUUUUAACGCCAAUCUCGAACCACCAUUUCUCAUCAGUUCUCAAACCCAGAAAAAAGCAAAACAAAACAAAACUCAAAACCAAAACCAGCAAUAUUAAACAGCUUUCAAUAUUUUCGAGAGAAAAAAAAGAAAAAAAAGAAGCGAGGAAAUGGCUUCUGAGCAGCAAAUGAGAAGGGAAAAUACCACCUCGGAGAGGGAGGUGGAGAUUGAGAAAGAUAAGGUGCCGAAGAUCACGACCCACUUUGAGGCUCUGAGAGGGGCGGAAGGCAAAGACACUUCUCUGGACAGCAGCAAGCAGUCGCAGCAGCAGCAUGAGGAUAAAGCGCGGAGUGGAAGCACGGCAGGUGAUGUGGGCAUGGGAAAAGCAGAAGAGGCUCAUGAGCUCGAGUCUCUCAAGGAUCAAGUGGAGAAGGACAAGGAUAAGGAGAGAGAAGCGCAGGCUGAUCAAGCGAGGACUGCGAAAAUGGUGGCGGAUAAAGAGGCCGAGGCUAAGAGAGAGAGCGAAGGCCGCACUCAAGGUCAAGGAGAAGGCCAAGGUGGGAAAUUUGAAGAGCACCACCAAGGGCAAGGUCAAAGUGAAGGUCAAGGCCAAGGUGGAGCGCGUCCUCAAACUCAUACGAAGGUUGAAGAGCACCAACGACAAGCAGGAGCUCAAGGCCAAGGCGGUGGUCAGGUUGGAGAGCACCAACGACAAGUCGGGGCUCAAGGACAAGAAGGUGGUGGUCAAUAUCAUGCGAAGGUUGAAGAGCACCAAGGACAAGGGGGAGGUCGUCAAUCUCUUGGGCAAGCUGGAGGUGAAGGAAAAGGCAGAGCUCAAUCUGUUGGUAAGUUUGAAGUGAGUGGUGAGGAAGAGAAGGGUUCGGCCAAUAAAGGCCGAGAAAGUACUGAAGUUGAUAAACAAUCUAGAUGCACACAGAUAGGCCAGGGUAUAGAGAAAAUGACCCUCGAGGAAGAGAAGAGUUCUAAAGGAGGCAGAGAAAAUGAGAUGAAAAGCAGGGAAGAAAAGGAAGGAAGAAGCACAAACACGACGGGCAGAGGAGAUCAGGGUAGAGAGGAAAUGGGUGGUGGGGAAGAGAGAGGCUCUAUAGGCAGAGAAGAAAAGGAGGGUCGUCAGCAGCAAAACAAAGAACAGCAACCAUCUUUGGAAGAAAUCUCAAAGUUUAGAGCAGCAGCACAGCAGAAUUCCAUGGAGGCAAUAAGAGCAGCAGAGGAGCGUUAUGCCCAGGCUAAAGAAUCGGCGAGGCAAGGGAUUGGCAGCGCAACCGAGUUUGUCUCAGAGAAAGGUGAGCAAACCAAGGAGACACUCGUCCAAGGAGCACAAACGGCAAAAGAAACUCUUAGCAGCGCAGGCAAGACGGUCGUGGAGAAGACAGCCCCAGUAGCGGAGAACGCGAAAGAUGUGGCGGUGUCCGCGGGACAGACCACUCUGCAUUACGUGGGAGAAGGGGCUGCGAAGGCCAAGGACGUGACGUUGGAGGGCGGGAAGACUGCGGGGGCAUAUGCCGGUGACGUGGCUGUGGGUUUGAAGGACAAGGCGACUGUGGCUGGCUGGAGUGCCGCGCAUUACACGACAGAGGCGGCAGUGGAGGGGACCAAGUUGGCGGCUAGAACUGUGAAAGGGGCGGCGGAGUAUGCGGGUCAUACAGCUGUGGAUAUUGUUUCCAAGCCCUUGAUUAUGGCUAAAGAUGCUGCGGCGGUGGCAGGUGAGAAGGCAGAGGAGUACACUGCUAGGAAGAGAGAGGAGGCACAGAGAGAAGUGGAGGCCAAGAGGUCAGCUGAGCAAAAUAAGUCACAGGGGGGUCUGACUCAACAAGGAAGAGAAAAAGAGGGAUCCAAAGGGGACCAAGGGGAGACUGGUCAGGAAUGGCAGAGUCAAGUUCAGGGCACCGUGAGAGGUGAGGACAUCAGUCGGGAUCAGAGAAGAGAGGAGGGUCAAAAGGGAACGCAGAGCGAAGGUGGUGAUCAGCAAAGAAGAGAGGAGAGGACUUAUGAGGAAGGCGGUGACAAAGCGAGUACUGAGGAAUACAGGAGUGGCAUGGAUACCUCUCAAGUUGCCGGUGGCGGUGCCGGCGUAGGGGUGGUGCUGGGAGCAAUCGGAGAGACUUUGGUUGAGAUCGCCCAGACGACAAAAGACAUGGUGAUCGGGCAAGAGGAGGAGCAGAAUGGUAACCAGGGGGAGUGGAAUUCAUCAACUGAUCAACAGGGCAAGCAAGGGGUGGGCAAGAUGAAGUGAAGCAUAAAUCAGAGUUGUAUAGGGAGUUUCUGAGUCUUAGUUUUGACUGAGAUUUGUGGUACUUUUAAUUUGUGUGUAUAAUUUUGGUUUGGAUGUUAAGUUUGUUUUGUGGCGAGUUAAAUUUGAAUAUGCAUUCUGUAUACAGAACUCGUUGCUGCACUUGCUCUGACGAGAUGUCUAGUUUUUGCGUCUCUGGACCAAAUUUCUUAACGUAGACCAACUUGGAGGGCUUGGAUUCAAGAGAAGAUCAAAGAAGAAUUACUCAUUUAAAAAUCUGUACACUGCUGCUAAAAAGUUAAAAACGCUUUCUGAAAGUUUUCUAGCCAAAUUACAACAGUUUCAAGGAUUAGACCACCAACAAAUUUCAAGGAUUAAAGUACCAACAAGUGAGUAAGUGUAGAGACAGGUCUAUAAUGUCACCCUCUCGCCUCAUGCUUUUAUGUAUGCGUCUACCUGUCUCCCCUAACGACCUGAAGCAAGAGCCCUUGGAUUUUGAUGGCUCCAUUAUUUUCCAAUCCUUGGCUGAGUGCGGAUGAUAAUUUUGAUAUAAUCAAGUUC